GGAGGCACUAAGAUGGCUCAUCACUAUUUCUAACUAUAUCUGACUAUUGCCCCCCUCUUCAAUGUUCUGGCUUCCCUCACCUUCUCACCCCAACCACGACGCUGACCACUAUCGUGAGAGAUCGUCUACCUUUCCUGUCAAUUGCAGUCGUUGCGCGACUGUGAGCCUCUCUGUGGGGUAUCACACUCGAGGAUCUCUUCUGCGUCGCAUUCUCGAGUGUCUGCUUCUUGCCGUUUUGCAAGGAUAUGACCUCCACCCGCGAUCUGUCGCAUACAACACCCAACAAAGAUAGAUGAUAGAAUCCCACAACAUGACGAAUCAAACAUUGCAUGGGCUCUGCCCGGAGCCUUUCCUCCAAGAGUCUUUCUUCCCGUCCACCGGUGGAUUUACCUCAGGACGGUAUUGUGCGAAGCUCCCUUUAGAAGACGGUACUAUUUCCUGUUGUAUUCCUUGUCCAUUGGCAGACUGGAUCUACGGGGAGGACAUCACUACAAAGGCGCAAGCUGCGAGUUGGCUGAGUGUGGCAAUCUUGCCUCUCUGCAUUUUCCUCCUUGUUUCGUAUGCGGUUCUUCCGGCAAAAUGGACGCAUCGUCAUUACCUGAGCAUCUGUUUUACGUUGGGAAUUUGUUUUAUGGAGCUUGCGUUUAUUAUUCCUCUUGGUGCCAAACCCGACCAGUGUUACAACGAAAUUACGCCGAAUGAUAUGCAUUCGAACUUAUCCUGCGCAUGGUCCGGCACUUUGCUCUUAUUUGGAGGCUGGGCGGUCGUAACGUGGAGCUUUAUCCGUACCCUUGCAUUUCAUCUCCAGGUCUGCUGGGAGGUGAUCCUCGGCAAGAAGUUCAUGUGGGGGGCUUUAAUCUGCGGCUGGGCUAUCCCUGGUAUCGGCAUAACGGUCAUGCUCAUUUUGACCGGGGUAUCCUUCCGCUUUGGUGACGUGUGCCAUAUUAACAUCAAGUAUGGAACCAAGGAUUACUGGGCGCCGGUCAUGGCUUUCGCUGGGGCUUCUCUGAUUCUGCAGCUCGCGACGAUGGCGUACUGUAUCCACGUCUACGUGAAGUCCAUCUUUGACACUGCCGACUCCAGCACCAACAGCUCCCACCUGCCGUCAUAUACAUCCAGUGUCCGUACCGUCACGGCGCGACAGGCAUACCGUCGCAUUCGACGAGUCCUGCAGUUACAAUGGAGAGGAGUCGCCUUGGUUCUGAUCAUCAUCGGCAACGUCAUCUUCUUCGCAGUGAUUUUCAUCCAAGUGAACAACAAGACAAGCCUGACGCCCGAGAACCUGGAACGAGCCCAGCCCUGGCUUCUUUGCUUGGUUUCCUCGAAGGGUGACGUCAAGAAAUGUCAAAGUCUGGCCCACGCCCUUGGCCCGAAUGAGGCGACGAUCCUGGCCCUAUUGAUUCUCCUGUCGCUGGUUGGGUUCUGGAACUUUAUCCUGUUCGCACGCCCGGGGAUGUUCCUCGGCUGGGCCGAGUUCUUCAAGACCAAGUUGGGGCGGAACCACGAGUUCGUCUCUGCAGAUGCUCGUGCGAAAACCCCGGACACACGGACGUACGAGAUGCUGGAGAGCUCCGCACUCGCAUCCUGCAAAUCGCCAGAACCAAUCGUACGGUCCCCCAGCCCAGCGCGGACCAAGAGUCCAGAGGGGGGUCACUACGGACGAGAAGCGCGGUACGUGCGGCCGUCGAUGAGUUUCUCCUCGCCUCGGCCACCUAGUGCAUCACAAGGACGCGAUUGGGAUCCCCAGUCCACGUUUGCUCAGUCGAAUCAUCAGCACACUCUGUCCAAGUGAUUUCACUGAUUUCUUUUUCUUUCUUUCCCUUUUUACUUCGUUUUAAUCAACGAAAAGCCCUGUACAUUUCUUGUAUGAUGUAUGAUCCUAUACCC